CAAGAAAGACUCAUAAAUGUAUCACACCAACAAUCACCAAUUUUCAACCAACUUUUGGUUUAUCUUAUUUAUAUCCUCCACCAUCAGUGCCAUCCUUUUAAAGCACCUUCAUCCACUGAGAUUUUUGGGAUAUACAAGUCAACUCCGACCUUGAAUUAUUUGCUCCAUUGGAGUCUCAUGUACCCAUCAGACAUUGAUUUUGCUUUCUGGUUUGAGUGCACUCUCAUCCAUGGAACUGAAAUUGUCAAAUGUGGGGAACAGAUAGGUUGGGCUUUUUGAACGGUUCAUGGAAGUUUCAACAGCUUCUGGAAGUUUUAAUGCUCUAUUUUGACCCCCUUUUGAGUGAGAAUUGAUUGUCACAAUGCUAAAUUGUCUGUACAUAUAGAGGGUCUCUUUCUGGAGGUAGAAGAGGAAAGGUUGUUUCUGGGUUUGUUGUAGCUUCUUGUAGUCCUCUCUCUCGAUUUGGAGAUGGGUGGUGUUCUUAUCUUCCUCUUCCUGUGUUCUCUAUUGCUGUUGUUUAUUUACCCUUCUUCUUCACUCCCUUUGUGUACUGACAAGAGGGCACCUCUAAUCCCAAAGACCCCUCUGGGCUUCUGUCCAUACAAUGGGAGGGUAUGCUGUAAUUCAAACAAGGAUUUGCAGUUGCAGAAGCAAUAUGAAGCAAUGAACAUAUCAGAUCUUGCCUGUGCUUCUGCUGUGAAAUCAAUCCUAUGUGCAACAUGUGACCAGUUUUCGGCAGAGUUAUUUAGGAUCGAAUCAGGGCCUCGAUCAGUUCCUGUUCUUUGCAAUUCUACCAUUUCACCAAACUCAUCCUUGGCGUCAAAAGAAACAACAAAUAGCUUUUGUUCAUCUGUAUGGGAUGUCUGCCAAAACAUAUCAAUAUUGAAUUCUCCCUUUGCCCCUUCAUUACAAGGUAGGGCUGGAAUGCCACAAAAUUCCACCUCAUCCAAGCUAACUGAACUCUGGCAAUCGACAAGCGAUUUUUGUGAUGCAUUUGGUGGUGUGACUGAUGAAGAUACCUUGUGUUUUAGUGGCAAACCGAUUGUGCGUAACAACACUGAAACUCCAUCUCCCCCAAAGGGCCUAUGCCUCGAGAAGAUUGGCAAUGGAGCUUACCUCAAUAUGGUUGUUCAUCCUGAUGGAUCUAACCGUGCCUUCUUCUCUAACCAAGCAGGGAAAAUUUGGUUGGCCACUGUUCCUGAACAGGACUCAGGAGAAACAUUGGGACUUGAUGAAUCUAGUCCAUUUGUGGAUUUAACUGAUGAAGUUUAUCUGGAUACAAUCUUUGGGAUGAUGGGAAUGGCUUUUCAUCCAAACUUUGCCCGUAAUGGCCGUUUCUUUGCUUCGUUUAACUGUGAUAAAUCAAAGUCUCCAGGAUGUUCUGGAAGGUGUGCUUGUAACUCAGAUGUUGGUUGUGACCCUUCGAAGUUAGGUACCUCAAAUACAGCUCAGCCAUGCCAAUAUCAUGCUGUAGUUGCAGAGUUCACUGCUAAUGGAUCGGCAUCAGAGCCUUCAAUGGCAAAAAUGGCCAAACCAUCAGAAGUGAGAAGGAUAUUUACAUUGGGCCUUCCAUUUACAGCUAAUCAUGGUGGCCAGAUUCUUUUUGGUCCUUCAGAUGGAUAUCUUUACUUCAUGAUGGGAGAUGGUGGAAGCAAAGGGGACCCUUACAACUUUGCCCAAAAUAAGAAGUCCGUGCUUGGAAAAAUUAUGCGGCUUGAUGUAGAUAACAUACCAAGUGCAGCAGAAAUAGUAAACCUCGGUCUUUGGGGAAAUUAUUCUAUCCCACAAGAUAAUCCUUCUUCUGAGGAUAAAGAAUUGCAGCCAGAAAUUUGGGCCCUAGGAUUUAGAAAUCCUUGGCGUUGUAGUUUUGACUCAGAGAGGCCUUCCUACUUCCUCUGUGCAGAUAUUGGACAGGAUCAAUAUGAAGAGGUGGAUCUCAUCACUAAGGGUGGGAACUAUGGAUGGAGUGUUUAUGAAGGCCCUAUUGUUUUCAAGCCUGAGCAAGCUCCAGGAGGAAAUACUUCUACUGACGCUAUAGAUCCAAUCUUCCCUGUGUUGGGAUAUAAGCAUUCUGAUAUAAAUAGAAAGGAAGGUUCAGCUGCAAUAUCAGGCGGGUACAUUUAUCGAUCCAUGACUGAUCCAUGCAUGCAUGGCAGCUACUUGUAUGGAGAUUUGUAUGCCAAGGCUAUGUGGGCAGCUGCAGAAAGCCCUAAAGAUAGUGGGAAUUUUACGACUACUAAGAUUCCUUUCGGUUGUGCUCAUGACUCUCCCACCAAUUGCAGCACCGUGCCCAACAGUCCUCUAGCUGCUUUGGGUUAUAUAUUCUCAUUUGCAGAGGAUAACAUGAAAGAUGUUUUCAUUCUAACAAGCAGUGGCGUGUACAGAGUGGUUCGUCCAAGUCGCUGCAACUACACUUGCUCAAAGGAAAAUUUGACAGCCCUUGCAAGUCCAGGUCCUUCUCCUUCUUCGUUUGGCCACCAUCUUGAUGCACCACAGAUAGAAUUGUUGCUUUUUCUCUCUGCAUUGUUGCUUUUUGUUGGCUUUUUAUUGUAACCAUUUGUAAGAGUUGAAUGACUUUGCCAUUAGAAUCAAAGAUGAGUAUUACUGCGGUGAAUUUGAUUUUUUGACUCUUUUUCAAAUUCAAUAAACGUUGGUUGA